CUCUAUGCCAACCACUGCAGCUCUUACUACAACAACUGCUGCUCCAACAACCAGUACAACUCCAGAACCUACUACGACAGAACCUACUCGUACGACUGCAACGACUGCAGAACCUACCACAACAACCACUUUAGCUCCUACAACAAACAUUGUUGUUCUUACAACCGCAACAUCUGCAGCACCUUCUACAACAACUACAACUUCAGCUCCUACAAUAACCACAACACAGCACCCACUACAACACCUGCAGUUCCUACAACUGUAGCUCCAGCGACCACUACACCUGAUGUACUUACUACAACAAUCAUAACUACAGCUCCUGCUACAACAACUGUAGCUUCUACGUCAACCACAGCAGCUGUCUCUACGCCAACCACUGCAGCUCUUACUACAACAACUGCUGCUCCAACAACCACUACAACUCCAGAACCUGCUACGACAGAACCUACUCGUACGACUGCAAAGACUGCGGAACCUACCUCAACAACCACUUUAGCUCCUACAACAAACAUUGUUGUUCUUACAACCGCAACAACUGCAGCACCUUCUACAACAACUACAACUUCAGCUCCUACAAUAACCACAACAACAGCACCCACUACAACACCUGCAGUUCCUACAACUGUAGCUCCAGCGACCACUACACCUGAUGUACUUUCUACAACAAUCAUAACUACAGCUCCUGCUACAACAACUGUAGCUUCUACGUCAACCACAGCAGCUGUCUCUACGACAACCACCUCAGCUCUAACUAAAACAACUGCUUCUCCAACGACCGCUACAACUCCAGAACCUAUUACGACAGAACCUACUCCUACGACUGCUACGACUGCAGAACCUACCACGACAGCAACGGCAGCUCCUACUACAACAUCUGCUGUUCUUACGACAGCAACUACUGCAGCACCUUCUACAACAAGUACAACUUCAGCUCCUACGACAACCACAACAACAGCACCCACUACAACACCUGCAGUUCCUACCACUGUAGCUCCAGCGACCACUACACCUGAUGUACUUACUACAACAAUCACAACUACAGCUCCUGCUACAACACCUGUAGCUUCUACAUCAACCACAGCAGCUGUCUCUACGCCAACCACUGCUGCUCUUACUACAACAACUGCUGCUCCAACAACCACUACAACUCCAGAACCUACUACGACAGAACCUACUCGUACGACUGCAACGACUGCAGAACCUACCACAACAACCACUUUAGCUCCUACAACAAACAUUGUUGUUCUUACGACCGCAACAACUGCAGCACCUUCUACAACAACUACAACUUCAGCUCCUACGACAACCACAACAACAGCACCCACUACAACGCCUGCAGUUCCUACAACUGUAGCUCCAGCGACCACUACACCUAAUGUACUUUCUACAACAAUCAUAACUACAGCUCCUGCUACAACAACUGUAGCUUCUACGUCAACCACAGCAGCGGUCUCUAUGACAACCACCUCAGCUCUAACUAAAACAACUGCUGCUCCAACGACCGCUACAACUCCAGAACCUAUUACGACAGAAACUACUCCUACAACUGCAGAACCUACCACGACAGCAACGGCAGCUCCUACUACAACAUCUGCUGUUCUUACGACAGCAACUACUGCAGCACCUUCUACAACAAGUACAACUUCAGCUCCUACGACAACCACAACAACAGCACCCACUACAACACCUGCAGUUCCUACAACUGUAGCUCCAGCGACCACUACACCUGAUGUACUUACUACAACAAUCAUAACUACAGCUCCUGCUACAACAACUGUAGCUUCUACGUCAACCACAGCAGCUGUCUCUACGCCAACCACUGCAGCUCUUACUACAACAACUGCUGCUCCAACAACCAGUACAACUCCAGAACCUACUACGACAGAACCUUCUCGUAUGACUGCAACGACUGCAGAAACUACCACAACAACCACUUUAGCUCCUACAACAAACAUUGUUGUUCUUACAACCGCAACAACUGCAGCACCUUCUACAACAACUACAACUUCAGCUCCUACAAUAACGACAACAACAGCACCCACUACAACACCUGCAGUUCCUACAACUGUAGCUCCAGCGACCACUACACCUGAUGUACUUUCUACAACAAUCAUAACGACAGCUCCUGCUACAACAACUGUAGCUUCUACGUCAACCACAUCAGCUGUCUCUACGACAACCACCUCAGCUCUAACUAAAACAACUGCUGCUCCAACGACCGCUACAACUCCAGACCCUAUUACGACAGAACCUACUCCUAUGACUGCUACGACUGCAGAACCUACCACGACAGCAACGGCAGCUCCUACUACAACAUCUGCUGUUCUUACGACAGCAACUACUGCAGCACCUUCUACAACAAGUACAACUUCAGCUCCUACGACAACCACAACAACAGCCCCCACUACAACACCUGCAGUUCCUACAAGUGUAGCUCCAGUGACCAGUACACCUGAUAUACUUACUACAACAAUCACAACUACAGCUCCUGCUACAACAACUGUAGCUUCUGAGUCAACCACAGCAGCUGUCUCUAUGCCAACCACUGCAGCUCUUACUACAACAACUGCUGCUCCAACAACCACUACAACUCCAGAACCUACUACGACAGAACCUACUGCAUGCGACUGCAACGACUGCGGA